CCAAAUAGCGGCUGUGCGCGUCCACGGGCCUGCAGCUGCUCUCCUCUUUCUUUCCUUCCUCCGUCCGUCCUGUUAUUCAUUUGUCUCGCCUCUCCUGUCACCCUGCGCUCGCCCUAUGACUGACCGUCCUACUACAUCUCCCAUCCUCCCCUCCUGGUAGAAUAUUGUCCUUUACACGCCCCCCAGACCCCUAUAGACUGAACACUCCCCCCUAAUGAUAGGCAUUCUCUUCCCUCAUACUCAGCCUAUAUAAAGCCCCUGCUGGCAGCCAUGCCCUCCCCCCUGACUUUGUGUUCUUGUGCCAUGUCCUGAUGAUUGCAGCUGUGACUUUUCCCCAUUUCCUUCCAUCGACCUCCUCGGCUCCAGGCUGGAUUGUGACGGCGGUGACGGCGCAGAAGGUUUCUUCUUCGUGCUCUGUGUCAUUGUCGUACUGGGAUAGAACUGUGGUUUUGCUGGUUCCUGUCUCGUAACUUCCCAUUUCUGUGUUUUUCUCUCUGGUGGUAAUACAAUAUUUGUUCUGUCAUUGUCACGUUAUUUCCUAUGCUGUGACAGAUAUUUCCUGCGUACAGUUCUGCGUGGCGGAUACUUUGCGAGUGCGUUUCUUUCGCCUAGUCCGUGUAUAGACACCGGUGACCGCACACAGGGGGCGGGUGAGAAGUUGGCCGCGAAAAGCGAGGAGCUGGCACCAAUGCCUCCCAAAAUGGCCUCCGUGCGAUUUACGGUCACACCGACCAAGAUUGACGAUAUGGGCACAAUCUCGGAUUCCAGCCCAGACCUCAGUUCUUCUUCCCGUGUGCGGUUCAGCUCCAGAGAAAGCGUCCGGGAUGCCAGUCGAAGUGACGCUUACAGUGACAGCUCAUUGCCAACCACCGCAGUGGAUCCGGCUAGUGAAAGGACUACCAACCCAAUGGACAGUGGAGAAGAUCGAAGUCAAACAUCAGUAACUGAGGAGAACAGCAAGUUGCUAGAGAUUGACCGGAGGAAAAACUCUGCUCUUUAUCUGAACCACAGUGAAGAGGGUGAGGACUCCUAUGACAGGAAUCUGGCAUUGUUUGAGGAGGAAAUGGACACACGGCCAAAGGUUUCCUCUCUGCUUAAUCGCUUGGCCAAUUACACCAACCUCCCUCAGGGCGCUAAAGAACAUGAAGAAGAGAGUGAGGGGAAAAAAAAACAAACCAAGGCUCCUCGCAUGGGCACGAUAAUGGGUGUUUACCUGCCUUGUCUGCAAAACAUAUUUGGAGUCAUCCUAUUUCUACGUCUACCUUGGGUGGUAGGGACUGCUGGCAUCCUACAUUCCUUUUGCAUUGUGUUUGCCUGCUGCUGUUGUACAAUGCUUACAGCAAUAUCUAUGAGUGCAAUCGCAACAAAUGGAGUAGUACCAGCUGGUGGCUCAUACUUUAUGAUUUCCCGGGCUCUUGGUCCUGAGUUUGGUGGAGCUGUUGGUCUCUGCUUCUAUUUAGGUACAACUUUUGCUACAGCCAUGUAUAUACUUGGAGCCAUAGAGAUAUUCCUGGUGUACAUUGCUCCACAGGCUGUCAUUUUUGAAAGUGAAGGAGUGGUAGAGAACUCGGCUGCUAUGCUCAAUAACAUGCGGGUCUAUGGCACUGGAUUUCUCCUUCUCAUGUCUGUCAUUGUUUUUGUGGGUGUCCGCUAUGUGAACAAGCUGGCAUCGCUGUUUCUGACCUGUGUCAUACUGUCUAUACUGGCAAUCUAUGCAGGGGCGCUAAAAUCUGCCUUUGCACCUCCUGAGUUCCCUGUUUGCUUCCUUGGUAACCGAACUCUCUCUAGACUUGAGAUUAGCACGUGUGCCAAGAUAGUUCAAACCGAGAACAUAACAUCUCCAUCUGACCUGUGGGACCGUUUCUGUCACCCACCUGGGUUCUUGAAUGCGACGUGUGAUGAAUAUUUUGCCCACAAUAAUGUCACGGAAGUACAAGGAAUUCCAGGCUUGAGCAGCGGCAUUAUUACUGAAAACCUGUGGAGCAAUUAUUUGCAGAAAGGAGAGAUUAUAGAAAAGGGUUCUUUAUCCUCAUCAGAUGCAGUGGGCUCUCCUUCCAGUAGUUAUGUUCUGGCUGACAUUACCACAUCUUUUACCCUCCUUGUUGGCAUCUUUUUUCCAUCUGUUACAGGAAUUAUGGCAGGCUCUAAUCGUUCUGGUGACCUGAGGGAUGCCCAAAAGUCCAUUCCAAUCGGCACAAUCCUUGCAAUACUUACAACGUCUUUAGUCUAUUUGAGCAAUGUGAUUUUAUUUGGAGCCUGUAUCGAUGGAGUGGUCCUCAGAGAUAAGUUUGGAGAUGCAGUAAAAGGAACCCUUGUGGUGGGGGCACUCUCCUGGCCAUCACCAUGGGUCAUUGUGGUUGGAUCUUUUUUCUCCACGUGUGGAGCCGGGCUGCAGAGUCUGACUGGGGCCCCUAGAUUGCUGCAGGCUAUUGCCAAGGAUGGAAUUAUCCCAUUUCUACGGGUGUUUGGACAUGGAAAAAGUAACGGAGAGCCCACUUGGGCAUUGCUUCUCACUGCUGUGAUUGCCGAGCUGGGGAUCCUCAUUGCCUCUUUGGAUCUGGUAGCACCAAUCUUAUCAAUGUUUUUCCUCAUGUGUUACCUUUUUGUAAACUUGGCGUGUGGAUUACAGACUCUGCUUCGAUCUCCAAACUGGCGCCCCCGCUUUCAGUAUUACCACUGGACUUUGUCUUUCCUGGGUAUGGCACUGUGCCUGGCUCUGAUGUUCAUCUCCUCCUGGUAUUACGCUCUCAUCUCCAUGGUGAUUGCCGGAAUGAUCUAUAAGUACAUAGAGUACCAUGGAGCUGAGAAAGAAUGGGGAGAUGGGAUAAGAGGACUUUCUCUGAGUGCAGCACGUUUUGCUUUACUGCGACUGGAGGAAGGGCCACCGCACACUAAAAACUGGAGACCCCAGCUUCUGGUUUUGGUGAAGCUAGACUCCGAUCUCCAUGUUUCACAGCCACAUCUACUCUCUUUUGCCUCUCAGCUGAAGGCUGGGAAAGGUUUAACAAUUGUGGGAUCUGUUUUGCUUGGUGAUUACUUGGAGAGCUAUGCUGAAGCACUGGCGGCAGAGCAGGCAUUGAAGCAGCUGAUGGAGCAGGAAAGAGUCAAAGGUUUCUGCCAAGUGGUGGUAGCACAGAAAAAAAAGGAAGGUUUAUCCCACCUCAUCCAAUCUUGUGGUCUUGGUGGAAUGAGACACAAUACAGUAAUCAUGGGUUGGCCAAGCGGGUGGCGGCAGAGCGAUGACUCUCGGGCCUGGAAAACAUUCAUCACCACUGUGCGUAUCUGUACGGCUGGUCGCCAAGCUCUGCUUGUGGCUAAGAACAUAUCCUUAUUCCCUGGAUCCCGGGAGGCUCUAGCAGAGGGUCACAUAGAUGUGUGGUGGGUGGUACAUGAUGGAGGGAUGCUGAUGCUGCUGCCUUUCCUCCUGAAACAACACAAGGUGUGGCGAAAGUGCAAGAUCCGUAUUUUCACUGUGGCCCAAAUGGAGGAUAACAGCAUACAGAUGAAGAAAGAUUUGGCCACCUUCCUCUACCACUUGCGUAUUCAGGCCGACGUGGAGGUAGUGGAGAUGCAUGACAGUGACAUUUCAGCCUAUACAUAUGAGCGGACACUUAUGAUGGAGCAGCGAUCACAGAUGCUGCGGCAAAUGCGACUUUCGAAAACGGAUAGAGAACGAGAGGCCCAGUUAGUGAAGGAUAGAAAUUCCAUGCUGCGUCUGACUAGUGUGGGCUCCGAUGAUGAUGAUGAAACAGACGCUGCCCCAGAGAGAGUACAUAUGACAUGGACCAAAGACAAACACCAAUCUGUGCGUGUAGCCCAAAGCAAGCAGAUGCCCAGUUUCCAGGACUUGCUCAGCAUGCGUCCGGAUCAAUCAAAUGUCCGGCGCAUGCACACGGCUGUUAAAUUAAAUGAAGUCAUUGUCAACAAAUCUCAUGAUGCUAAACUAGUUUUGCUGAAUAUGCCUGGACCCCCACGCAACGCUCAGGGUGAUGAAAACUAUAUGGAGUUUCUAGAAGUCUUGACUGAAGGCCUGGAGCGUGUGUUGCUAGUGAGAGGUGGUGGAACGGAGGUCAUUACCAUUUAUUCCUAAGACAUAGGUUCCAAGGUGCAUUACUCCAACUGUAGCAGAAGACAACAGAAAUCUGUAUGUGUGGAUUGUUUUACCGAACAUACACCAUUCCUAGAAGUAUUUCUGUGAGGGCAACGGGUUAUUAGGAAACUGAUUAAAACUAAAGAACAAAAUCCUAAACCCUUUUUAACCAUUUAUAAGCCAAAAAAAGUGUUAUUGAAUGCACAUAAAUAGGUAACAAAGGGGAUGAAUAGAACAGCAUUUCCCUAUCUUGACCCAGGAUUCCUCUACAGCAGCAAGCAUGAAAUGCUUGUACGGUAUAGCAGAAAGAACCCCACUUAUUUAGAGCUGUUUUCAUAGGGGUGUUAGAGAAAACAGGGGUUCAUUUUUGUAGGGGUACAAUGAGUUGGCACGCCUUAACUCCAAACAUGGCAAUUCAUAUUACCUUGUUCAAUAUGCAUUUUUUUCGUUUUCUGGAAGCUCCUUUCCAAAUUAUGGAUCACUCAUUUCCUCGGACUGUGGGAAUGUCAUUCUAUAGGGAGUUUUAGAACGUUACCUUCUUUUAAAAUCAGAAGUUCUUUCUCUGAGCAGAAGAAUGAACUAAGAAAAAGUUUUGUAUUUUCAUUUGUAUUGCACAUUUUUAUGUCUAGUGGGAUAGAACAAUUCGCCCAGUUUUAAUUUAUUGGUAGGCGCCAUUCCGUGUGUUAGUUGUUUCUGUAAUAAUGUUAACGAGGUGUGGACAUUCUCUUGUGGGAAGAAGCGCUUGUCAGUGGUAUGAUGCUAGGGCUCCCUCUACAACACUUACCAUUGUUUGCCGUUUCGUUCAUUGUUAUAGGAUGUUCCAAAAGCUGGAAUAAAACCUUUUCUAUAGA